AUGGAAACCGCGAAAUUCACAUUUGUUCCACUUAAAGACAAAAAAACAGUAUUGGAACAGCCUAAAAUCGCAAAUAAACUUUUACAGUGGUCUAUGAAAGGUGAUUUAAGACUGAAGUAUUACAAUUUUAAUCAAGAAUUUCACCCGUAUCAGAAACAAGAUUUUGUUGAGGCGUUCUUUAAAGAUCCUGCUGUGAUUUCUACACUAGAAAUUCAUCGUUCUGGAUGGAGUCCCAUUGGCGUUCCAGCGUCCAAAGUGGAAUAUGAGCCAUUGGCAGCGACGCUGACAUCGAUGGCGUUCUUCGAUCGUAUCUUGGACCCUGCAAAUAAUCUGACCAGGUCUAGUGGAGAGAUACGACAAUGCUAUGAAGACAAAUGCGAAGGGUUCUUCAUUGACGACAAUAUUUUGGCCAUGAUAUUGAUUGAAGAGCACGAUCUUUAUAAUCUAUAUUCUAUAAGCGAUAGAAACGAGUUUUUAUUCAACAUUUUUAAACACAUAUAUCUCGGUGGUGAAUGGUGUCAACGCGAUUUCAAUAUCCAACCAUAUUUACAAACCACAAAAGAUAUUUAUAAAGAACUUAUGAGCGUGGAGAGAGUUGAAGGUUCAUCCGAUAUAAGGGUUAGAUCUGUGGUAUUCAAGGUGAUUGCCUACCAAGAAGACGGAAAACCUCUUUGCCCCACUGCACCAUUUCAUGUCCAGAACUUCAUAUAUCUAAUAGUUGAUCCUUUCAAGCGGCAAGUUUCUGUGCUGAUGAACCAUUAUGGUGGCUGUUUAGAAUGA